AUGCAUGAGGAGAGCAGGGCCCACGUACCGCCGAGCCCCUGUGCGCUUGAGCAGAAUGGAAGUCCGUGUACGAGUCAGGCUAACGGGCACGUACUCUGGGCUAACGGCAUUCAGUACAAAGUCAACGGAAAUGUAGCAGGCGGGCCCCAGAAGCGGACCUGUGCGGCAAGCGGCACAACAGGCAGCGAAAUCAGGCGGGGGGUGGCAUCCAAGGUCCUGGUGACGGGAGGAGCCGGGUAUUUCGGCCACAGGUUGGGUCGAGCCCUGGCCGGAGCUGGAUACUCUGUCAUCCUGCUGGACAUUGUCAAACCACGCUGGGACACUCCCCAAGGCGUUGUUUUUCACCAGGGAGACGUACGGGACUUUGAUUCUCUGAUCGAAGUGUGCCAGGCCGUCGACUGCAUCUUCCACGCAGCUUCCUACGGAAUGUCGGGACCUGAGCAGCUGAAGAAGGAGCAAAUUGAGUCUAUCAAUGUUGGUGGGACAAGCAAUGUCAUCAAGGCUUGCUUGCAGCGGGGAGUCUCCAGGCUGGUGUACACCAGCACAGUGAAUGUAGCCUUUGCAGGACAGCCAAUAGAGGAGGGCGAUGAAGACUCUGUGCCGUAUGUACCCUUGGACAUGCACAUAGACCACUACUCCCGAACCAAGGCAAUCGCCGAGGCCAUGGUGCUGGAAUCUAAUGGCCAUCCUCUGAAAGCCCAGGUGAACGUGGAAAGGCGGCUCUUCAGCUUCAGUUUCGGGAACCAGGAGGCGCGGAUCAACUGGGUGCACGUGGACAACCUGGUCAUGGCCCACAUCCUGGCUGCCGACGGCCUGACGCCCAGCAAGGGCUACGUCGCGAGUGGACAGGCCUACUUCAUCAAUGAUGGCGAGGCGGUGAACCUGUUUGAAUGGUUCACACCCCUGUUUGAGAAGCUGGGCCACAGUCGCCCGUCGAUUCAUCUCCCCGUCUCCCUGGUCUAUUCUGCAGCCGUCCUGAUGGAGUGCCUACACGUGGCCAUGAGGCCUGUGGUAGAGAUCCCGCUGCUCUUCACAAGAAACGAGGUCAGGAACAUAGCUGUCACCCACACUUUCAGAAUCGAGAAAGCACGGCGGGAACUGGGCUUCAACCCCCGCAAGUACAAGCUGGCUGAUUCAGUGGACCAGUACCUGCAGGCCGGCCCCGUGCGGGCAAACCAGCAGCUGGGCAGCUCAUACAGCUGGCUGUUGAUUCUGCUGCUCUCCCUGGCAGCUCUGCUGAUAUACUGCUGGGAAUGUUGCUAGCCACGCCCACACCUACCUCUGGCCACGCCCACACCUACAUCUGGCCACACCCAUAAUAUAUCACUGACACAUUGCUGGUCCAAUCUUGACAUUAAAGUCACAUGGCACCAGUCACAUGACAUGCCUUGGUGACAGAUGGGUCCCAUCCUAAGCAGCAUCCCUUUCUCUGGUGACAUGCUCAUCCCUUGCUUCUUCUCUUUCUACAUUUCAUUUCCAGAAACCACAUUAUGUCAUACAUUUUAUAAACUCAGGACACUGAACUGCCUCUAAAACAGCUUUGAACUUUGUCUUUAUAGUUACAUUGUAUUAUAUUUGUAUGUGUAUUUUAAUGCCACUGGGCCUGAAUAUUUCCAUUGCAUUCCGAACUGCUUGUGCACAUCAGCACACUUGUGAAAAGGAAUCCUUACAAGUUUUUAUUUUCUUGUGAAAUUAGAUACAACAUAAUAUAAACUAGGAUGAAGGAAAAUUGAUGAAUUUCUUCUGCAUACAAUUUUAUAUGUAUGAUUAUACAUUUAAAAAGCUAGGUUUCAUACGAAGAUUAUUUUGUAACUCUUUUGAUAUUAUGGACUGUUUUUUCUUUGUAGUCAUUGCAUUGCUGUAUGAACUGAGAAUAUGAAUCAUUUUCGAUGACAGCAAUUAAUUAAUGGAAAUCAGAUAUUUUAAGAUAAACCUGCUUGGGUUAUUUUGUUACUUUGUAGUGAUGCUGAAAAAGUGAAGCGUUGUUUUAAUCAUUUAUCCUGAUGCUUUUUAUUAAUUUAGGCUU